ACUUUCUCUGCAACAGGCUCAUACUCGCUGCGUCUUGCAGGCUGCUAUAUAGCUGUUCCUUGAGUCGUCCUCACGCAAUGCCGUCGUGUAAAAGCGUCGUCUGCCGGCGCUCAACUACCGCCUCCACCUUCGCCACCUUCGCCACCACCCCCGUAAGAGGUCGUCAGCAACCCUGCCUCGGCGCCCGACGAGCGAGCUCCAUAGCAGCGCCACCUUCGUCGGAGUCUAAGGAACUACUGAAAGAGGAUCAGCCACAGACGAGGGGGACCGCGGAAAGUCGCGGCCGCGUAAUGCCAGUGGAUGUCAAGACACCUCGCACGAAUGCAGCACGCAACCACUUGCCGAGUCAGAAGCGACCGUAUUUGUUUACCAAGGGCUCUCAGCUGGGGCGGCAGUUGGUGGCGGAGAUGGAGACGAAGCGGGAGGGGAAGGCGGCAGAGCAAACGCUACUUCCCCAGUCGAGAGGCCGUCUACGCCCAGAGAUCAUGAUACCCGAGCGCCGCCCACCACAUCUAUUCAAAGCAAACACCAUCAAAGCUUCUCUUCUGGACCAAAUGAGGAUCGAUGGGUCCAACAAUAGGCGAAAUCGGCCACAUCACCACGAAUGGGACGCAGAUCUCGCACCCCAACCCCCAUCCAAAGACCCGACCGCCAUUUCCAAAGCAACAGACUUCACCGCCCGCUUAACAGAUCCCAAAUACCCACCACUCUCAACCGACGAACUCGUAUCCUGGACCCGCGAAAAAACCGACUGGCUACGAAACCUCUCCCCCGAGACCGUACACACCGUCUUCACCGAAUUGAAGAGUCGCAAAGCCACCCGCCAGCUACGUAUAGAAGACUGGCACCGUCUCAUGCAACACAUGCUCGCGCGCACACCCUUCACGCAGCGGAAUCCUGCAUCCUACCCGGCGCGAGCUGUUGCGGUGUUGAAGGAGAUCAAACACUGCAGCAUCACACCCGAUCCGCUCAUGUACGCCUUCAUCUUCCGCGCGAUGAAAGAUCACGAAAAAAAGAUCGAAGAAAUGCACCGGUUCCUGUUCGUCGAUAAUCGCGCAACUCCACCGGCCCUGGAUAGUUACUCCGGUAAAUGCUGGCGGACCAUACUGGCAGUCUACCUCCGCCGCCCCACCGCGCACCGCCUCCUCACCGAAGCCCGCGACCUGUGGCGUCUCCUCCGCCAAGCCGGAAUCCAGCCGGAUAAGUUAACCUGCCACGCCUUUCUCGAAGCCUUUGCGUCACAGCGCCUCACAGAACGGGUUAAAGUGGCCCGUGACCCCAAGGGUGUAGCCGAGGUGCAUAAUUUCAUGCAGUUCACCGCGUCGGAACGGAAACUGGACCCGGUAUCAGCGGACGCGGUGAUGGCCGCGCACGACGCGUGCGGGAACGACAAGAGCGUCGUGAACAUGUUUGAAGCGAGGACGGAACGCGAGCGGGUGAAGUUGGGGGUUGUGGCGUACACGACCGCGAUCCGGGCUGCUCACCGGCUGGGCAAACACAACAUGGUGCUAAGACUCUACCUGCAGAUGCAGAGGGAGGGGAUCACACCCAAUGACGACUGUUUUGGGUUUGCGGCGCUUGCGCUGGCGCAUUACCCGCAUCCGGGGCAUGAGAUCCGCGAGACCGUUUAUGAGCCGUUGGGGAGGGUGGUGCAGCAGCGUAGGGAGAUGACCCGUGGGGAGGGGGAAAACCGGCAGGACCCGGCUGUGGCAGCGUACACGAAAGUGUCGUCGAAAUCGUACGAGAUGCUCAUCGAAGCCCUGCAAAAGUCGCGGGAUUGGCAGCUUGCGUUACGGGCUUAUCAGGAACUGAAAGCGUUGCGUGAGGUGGAAUUCGCUGCUUCUGCACUUCAACACUCAUCUUCCACUCCGCGCUCCUCCACCCCCGCCCACGAGUCACAACCCCCACCCCACCACUCGCCCCGCAACCACCCCCUCACCUCCCGCACAACCCUCCACCACGUCCUCCACUGUCUCGGCCACAACGGACGAUCCAUCGAAGCGCGCGAAUUCCUCCUGACCCACGUCGCAUCCGCGGAGCGGUUGACGGCGUAUUGGACCCGCAUCGUGAAUGGAAAGUUGAAGGCGGCGCGGGUGCGGAGCGAGAGGGAGAGGCCCGGGUUGGAGGCUACGCUCCAAACCGCCGUCCUCGAAUUGGAGGCGUACGAGAAGCAAGCGUCCGCCAUCACCCACGACGACGAUAAGGGAGACGCUACACCGAAACAACAGAAGGCAAAGAGAAAAGGAGGACAGCAAGUGACACAACGCUACCACAACAACCUCCACUACACUGUCCACACCACCCGGCUCGCCCUCACCUCCCUUGCCACCGCCCUCACGCACCCCAUCCCCGAACUCCUCGCCGGGUCCGCCGGCCCUCUCAGACUCGCAUACACGGGAUUCGUCGAGGGGUGGCGGGGGUGGGCUGUCUCCCUCGGUGGGGAACAAACGAUUGCGGACAAGGCGAAGAAGGAAAGGAUGGUAGCGGAGGCGUUUCUGGAGAUGGAGGAGAUGGUGAGGGGGGUUUGGGAGGUUGAGAUGGGGUUGGUGAGGGAGGUUGUGCGCGGGUUGGGGGUGGAGGUUGAGUGGGUUCCGGGAAGGGUUGAGGAUGGGGGUGGGGUCGUUGGGAUGGAUGAACCGGCGACGAAGGGUGCGGAAGUAGGUGAAUGGGAUGAGACGUCGGAAUGGGGGUUGAGGAGUGGACAGGAUGCUGCGGCUGAUGGCGAACGGGCAAGUGCAACCGCGGGUCCUGCACAUGAAAGCGACGACGCGGGGAUGGCGGUGCAAUCGGGGGGUGAAGACAUCUCUGUCACGGAAGCGACCGAGGCGCAGGACGAGACUAGUGAUGUGCGGUCUGUCACCCGCCGCGCAGACCCGACGGCGGCGACAACAUCCGAAACCAACCCCGCAUUCGUUGUAGCAGACUCGACACAUGAGGCCGUCUCGGCGCCUGUCACGCAGGACGUUGAUUUGGGACGAAUCGAAGCAGAGGCUGCGGGGAUAGAGUCAGAUCCAAGCCCGGCCACCCCUCUCGACGAAACCACGACGCAAGAAGCCUCACCGGCCGUCGCCAGCAGACGAGCUCAUCUCGGAUACUUCUGAACUGUGUUGUUGGGUUCGAGCUGGGGGGUACGUGGGAACGUUGCAGAUGAGAAAUCACCAGGAGAAGGGACUCCUCCCUUCUUCGUGGAUGUAUGUAGAGGGAAACUGGAGAUCAUGCAAGCUACUGUAGAUUCAUGUAGAGUAGAUAGCAGGGGGCGUUACGGGCGUAGGCGCAUGUAGUGGAAUGUAACUGGCUCUCGAAACAGCGGAAGAACAAGUUCAUGG